AUGAUGGAUAACGUCUUCUUCUGGCUCCUCGAAAAAAGUACAAGUAUCUUGUCGGACGACAAAGAAGAAAAGUCCGACAUCUUGCUAAACGCGAUCAAAGAUCGCGACCUCAACACUGUUGCUCAACUCAUCGACGUUGUCUCGGACGUGAACAAAAUGAAAUUCGAGGGAAAGCCGCUUCUGAGCAUAGCAGCGUACAGUAGACACGUCAGUAUAGUAAAACUCCUUGUCAGUAAUGGAGCAGACAUUGAAGGCAUUGAUGAUAAAGGUCUGACACCGUUGCAUGUAGCUUGCUCAAAAGGUACUCUCAAGAUUGUUCAGUUUCUCGUCUCUAAAGGAGGGGACAUCAAUAGACAAACCUCUGCCGGGAUGACUCCACUUGCAAUUGUGACCGAACGAGGCCAUGUUAAGGUUCUGGAGUACCUUAUCAGCAAGGGUGUCGACAUUAAGAGGUCCAAUAGAACAGGGCGCACACCACUCAUUUGGGCGUGUAUCCACGGGUUUCUACCCUCAGUGUACUAUCUCAUUGGUGAGGGUGCAGAUGUCAAUCGCCCCAACAACCGCGGCUGGACAUCACUGCAUUUCUCCGUCUUUUACGACCGUCUAGAUGUCAUCAAGAGUCUUGUAUCUGCAGAAGCUGAUCUCGAUCUUCCAGAUAAAGACGGGACAACGCCGCUUCAUGUCGCUUGCUACAACGGUCGCAUGCAAGUUCUGAAGUAUCUGCUGAGCAUUGGAGCUGAUCUUCAGAAGGUAGAGUUUGAUGGCACGACGGCACUCCAUAUCGGGUCCGCUUAUGGUCACCACAAUGUUGUCAGUUUCAUCUUACAACAAGAAGAGGGUGGUGAACUCGUGAACAGACCAGAUGCAAGAGGUAAAACUCCCCUUCAUGUCGCCACCUCACAUGGCUUCACGUCGAUCAUUGAUAUCCUUGUUUCUCGAGGAGGUGACCUUAAUGCACAGACAAAUAAAGGUCAGACCUGCUUGCAUCUUGCAGCAAAAUUCUGUGAGGAAUCAACAGAUGGUGAAGUCAAGAAAGAACUGUCUAAGCUCAUGGCCGGAAGUUCGAAGUACAUGUUUUCAUUUUGGCCUCUGACGAUUCCACUUGAAUUUCUAUCACGCAAGGUAGCAAACGUAAUGGUCAGAUCUUCAUCUGCAAUUUCCGAUGAGGUCAUACUCUGCUUGUCAGAAGAAAUCCCCAAUGGUAAAGUCCUAACAUUAGGUCUAAAAUUAGGAAUCAGCCAAGCCACAGUUGCCCGCUUCGAAUCUACAAACGUCAAGGGAACCAUAGUAACUUCCAUGGGUACCCGAGCUAUGCUGUAUGCUUGGUUAAAUGCCACAGCAAGUGCAGAAGCGAUCCCGACACUCAGAAGAGCACUUGAGGAAUCGGAUCUACUGGGAGAUUGGGACUACAGCUGGUCCAGGCUAGGUAUCUCUAAUGUCUGCAUUUCUGCUCGUAGCAGUGGCGGGUAG